AUGGCCCGUACCAAGCAGACCGCUCGCAAGUCCACCGGUGGCAAGGCGCCCCGUAAGCAACUCGCCGCUAAGUCGGCCGCCCGCAAGACCGCCGCCGCUGGCGCAACUGGUGGUGUGAAGAAGCCUCAUCGUUUCCGCCCAGGAACCGUCGCCCUCCGUGAAAUCCGGCGCUACCAAAAAUCUACCGAGCUCCUCAUCCGAAAACUCCCCUUCCAGCGCCUCGUCCGUGAAAUCGCGCAGGAUUUCAAGACUGAUCUGCGCUUCCAAUCAUCCGCCGUCAUGGCGCUUCAGGAGGCCGCCGAGGCGUACCUCGUUUCGCUCUUCGAGGACACCAACCUCGCUGCCAUCCACGCCAAGCGUGUCACUAUCCAGCCAAAAGAUCUCGCCCUCGCACGGCGGUUGCGCGGCGAGCGGUCGUAAGCGUGCUCUUGUUUGCUCGGCUGUGUAUAUUGUGUGGGACGUCAUUGGGGUGUACGCGGUAGCGUU